GUUGCUUGUUUGGCACGAAUCCAGAUUCUUACAUUCGUGGCGCGAAGAGAGAGAGAGAGAGAGAGAGAGAGAGAGGGUUUCAAUUAGGAUAAUCUACCGUUACAGCGAAGGAAUUUCACAAAAUCGAAAAAAAAUGAGGCGAUCGUGAUCUCUGUUAUGAGAAAGGACUCUUCGAUUUUGUUUUCUUCAUCUACGCUGUUGCUGCUGUUGCUCUAUUGGAUCGUACUCGGAGGAAACGCAUCAGCUCACUUUUGUAGGCAAGAAGACGAUCCACUGCUGAUGGCGUCCACACUUGGAGGCGUGCACGAUUCUCAGGGAGCUUCCAAUUCCGCCGGUGUCGAAGAACUCGCUCGUUUCGCCGUCGACGAACACAACAAGAAAGAGAAUGCACUUAUUGAGUUUGUGAGAGUGGCGAAGGCGCAAGAGCAGGUAGUAGCUGGCACACUGCACCAUCUCACUCUUGAGGCUGUUGACGCUGGUAAAAAGAAGCUGUAUGAAGCUAAGGUUUGGGUGAAGCCAUGGAUGAACUUUAAAGAACUGCAAGAGUUCAAGCAUGCAGGCGAUGUCCCUGCAUUUACUCCUUCUGAUCUUGGUGCAAAGAAAGGCGAUCAUCCGCAGGGAUGGAGAGAAGUGCCCCCGCAUGAUCCUCAAGUUCAGGAUGCAGCACAUCAUGCUGUUCAGACCAUCCAGCAGAGAUCUAAUUCUCUAUUCCCAUAUGAAUUGCUGGAGAUCAUACAUGCAAAGGCAGAGGUGGUUGAAGAUUCUGCGAAGUUCGAUUUGCACCUAAAGGUCAUGAGAGGAAGUAAAGAAGAGAAGUUCAAGGUGAAGGUCCAUAAGAACAAUGAAGGUAACUUCCUUCUGAAUCAGAUGGUGGCAGAUCAGUCUUAGGGGAGUUUGGAAUGCGCAAUAAUAAAGAUGAACAAUAUACAAGUUUUAUGUAAUGAUAAAACAUUUGGAUUAGUUAAGCUGUAAACUAUGCAAACGUGAACCUUGUCUUUUAAACUUAAAUUGCUCCCACCCCUCGAGUCUGGGGAUGCCUGUGCCAUGAAAAAUAGUGGAGCUACCCUGUUUGUUAAGUAAUGGAACUCUGGUUUACUUUUUUA